ACAAUCGAGCAGGAAGUGAUGAUCGAUCAGCAGCAUGGAAACCUUGAAACGUGUGAGGCGAAGCCGGAGAACUUUACAAAACAGAUUGACCCACUACGAGAUCCAUGUCCAGUUUGAGUCACAACAACUAGCCAACCAACACAGCUGCUGACGUUCAUGAGAACUUGAUCUCGGAGCUACAACUUUCCUCCAUCCAACCUGGGACUCCCCGUAUGCAUGGAUCCACAAGUCUGUCUCAAGAGGAAGCGGGAACUUUCCCCAACACCAGAGAGCAGUAAACAAGUGAAAGAGACAGAACUUAACGGAGUUCCAGAGUCUGAGCACCGUUCCGGUUCCCGACCCCCACGGCUCUCUCUGCCGUUUGACCGUCUCCAGGAACCGGUCACGUUGAAAGAUCUGACGGAACUGCUUCAGUUUGCUGCUCUGGGGAAUACCGGUGGGCUGAAACAACCCAGUUGGUGUCGCCUCCACCACCAGAGGAGGGUAUCAGGGGUGAGCGUGAUCCUUCUAGAAGGACUGAGCCAGGCCCACUUCUACAGACACUACCUGCACUUCAAACACCUCCGCACCAAGUACACCUCUAGACACUGUUAUACUCCGUCGCCUGGCAACGUGAUUUCUGGAAUAUUCAGCAGUGAAGUUGUCAACAAUAGUCCUGCUGAUGCGCUAGGAGACCAGAAGAGUGCUCAGCCAGAGGGAGGUCUGCGGUGGCACCCAGUGAUCAGGAAGUUUGGUCUGGAGACCAGAGGGCUGACUGGAUACCUCCUCACCCAGGAGGAUAUGAUCAAGAAACACUUCCCUGUCCGCGGUAUGCCUGGCAGUGAGGGCUUUGUGUGUACAGACAGUGAUGACUGUGUGACUGACAGUAGUCCUCUCUAUGGGCUGGACUGUGAGAUGUGUCUGACAGAACGGGGCAACGAGCUGACGCGUAUUUCUCUAGUAGACAGCACAGGGAGCUGUGUUCUGGACGAGCUGGUCAAACCUCCCAACCGCAUCCUCAACUACCUUACACAGUUCUCUGGUAUCACCCGUGCAAUGCUGCAGCCAAUCACCACCACCCUAAGAGAAGUCCAAUCAAAGCUCAAGAAAGUGUUGCCUCGGGACGCGGUCCUGGUUGGCCACUCCCUUGACAACGACCUCAGGGCCCUGAACCUGAUCCACCCCCAUGUGAUUGACACCUCCCUGCUGUACAGGAGAGAGUUUGGACAGAGGUUUAAACUCAAGGUGCUGGCUGAGACCGUGCUCAAGAAGCAGAUCCAGACGGAGGAGAGGAAGGGUCAUGACCCCACAGAGGACGCCCAGGCUGCCCUGGAACUGGCUCAGUACUUCACACACACUGGACCACGACAGGUGGUGGAGCUGUAUUGUGAAGAGCUGUGGGGUGGGAGUCCUACCAUAUACCAGCCUCCUGUCAACAGAGCAACAUCUACACAUAACAACAACAGGUUUGCCGAGGCCCUGAAGAGUUCUGGCCAAUCAGCCGUGUUUAUAGGGAAGCGUGCUGACAUCACCCUGGAUCUAUCCAAUCAGCAGUGGCACAGGUCAGACAGAGAGGUCCUGUCUUCCUUUAAAAGAGGACUAGAGUCUCACUCGUUCAGCGUUGUCCAGUUGUCUUCCUUCUCUGACCAUCUGACGUCUAUGAUCUCUACUGACCAGCACUACCACACGAUGUCUCAGCGUCUGAGAGAGAUGUGUGUGGUGUUUGCAGGGCCGUUGCCUAGCGACUACACAGAGAGGGAUGUGAGGAGGCUGUUCAGGAGCUGUGGAAAAGUACGGGCUGUCAGGCUGCUGAAUGCUACUCAGAGGGUGCAUGCAGAGGUAGAGUUUGAGCUGCUGGAGGGAGCUGUGCUGGCUAUAGAGAUGCUCAACGGAACACUGCUACACACCCGACACAUCCUCAAGGUCCAGAGACCUGUAAAGGAGUCCAUGCUGGAUCUGGACGUCUUCCUGAGUUGCCUGCAGGAUGACCCGCUAAAUGCUAAUGUCAUCUACGCCGCAGGGCUAAAGGCUAAUGCUAAAACUGAACGGCUUGCAGCCAAAGUCAAUGGGACUGGGCUAAAUGCUAACGCAGCACCUGAAGUCAAUGAGACCGGGCUAAAUGCUAACGCAGCAGCUAAAGUCAAUGGCACUGGGCUAAAUGCUAACAUAGCAGCACUCCCAGCUAAGGUCAAUAGAGCUAGGCUACACGCUAAAGCAAACCAUUCAGGGCUCUUAGAGAAAGUCAAUGGAACUUUUCUAAAUGCUAAAGCUAAGCUAGCUGAAGUGAAUGGACCUGGGCUACAUGCUAAAGCUAAAUUUGCUAAGCUAGCAGAGCUCUCAGCUGAAGUCAAUGGCACUCUGCUCAAAGCGAAAACUAUGCUAGCAGAGAUAGCAGCCGAAGCCAAUGUUGGAGCGAGGCUACAUGUUAAGACUGCCGGACUCUGUGAAGAGGACCUCUGCGAGGCCUUUGGACAGUAUGGAACGGUUCAGGGCGUAAUCCUACCUGCAAAGCACUCUGGAAAACAGAAACGUAGGAGACAUGCUUUCUUAAAGUAUGAUAGUCCUGACACUGUGGACGCGGUCCUCAGCUCACCUGUGGAACUCUGGGACAGGAAGGUGAGCACUCGCAGAGCCCUGACUCCGCCCCACCUGCACUCCUGGGUUACUAUGAUGACGACGACUGGGUCUGACAGAGAGACACCGGACGAGUCGUCACAGGAAACUGGAAGAGAGGAACAGGAAGUGGCGUGUGUGAUGAGGAAGUUGGACCGGCGCGUGGGGAAGCUGUUCAGAUCUCUACCUGACAACACCCUCAGCAUCGUACUGCUACCUGGUCACAACAGUUCCCAUGGCGAUGGUCUGUGUUUCCUGGAGGUCAAACAGGGGUCAGCAGCACUCAGUGACCAUGCCCACAACCUGAUGCUACCUGCAUAGGGUUGCAAAAAUCCGCUACCUUCCCAAGAUUCCCAGAAAUCCUGGUUGGAGGAUUCUGGAUUUCUUGCUUAUUCCCUCCUGAUUUCAUGAAUCUUCCAAAUGGGAAAGUUAACAGAUUUUGGCAACACUUCGCCUGCGAUACCGUGUUUUACCAUCUUUGUGUGCUGUAGCCCAGGAGUGCUGCAACUUGUCUAACAAAGAGAGCUAUAGGCUACAAGAAUAUGAAGUUAUUUUUAAAUAAAAAGAGAUGUCUACUUA